AUGAAUCGCCUCCUGCAGACGUUCGUCACCCCGGAGGCCAAGCCCCCGAUGCCGAGCAAGCCGCCCAUGGCGAUCAGCAUCCCCGCGCCCGUGGGCGUCGACGACGGUCAGUACGAGGAGCUCGACCUCGACGACAUUGGCUCGAGCGGCAACCACACUGCCGAGUUCUUCUCCAUGCAGUCCAAGAGCCCGAUCAUCCGCUCCAUGGGGCGGUCCUUCGACCACGGCCAGCCCGAGAGCAGCUCGUAUGGCCCGCGCUCCAACGAGUCGGCCGCAUCGCUCCGGUCGCAGACCGCGUCAGCGCUCUUUGGCUCGCCGUCCACGAACCUCAGCACGCAGGCGUCGUAUGGCUCGUCGUCGUCGCUGACGUCGUCCGCCGCCUCGCUCUUUGAGCACGAGGCCCCUGCUGGCGCAUUUGGCGCCCACGGACACUGCUUUGAGCAACCGCCGUACCAUGCACAGACCGCGCCGCAGGAGGUCGCCGAGCGCUUUGGACCCCACUACGGCGCCUGGUCCGUUCUCGCCGCCAAGGGAGCGGCGUCCCUCUUUGGCGACGCGUCGCCGUCCGACCCGUUCGCUCAGC